GUGAACUCAUCAUCUCACUAAAACACGUGGCGACCAAUCAGAUUAAACGUUCUUCACCUACGUGUCAUCCUCCCAGGAUUAAAGCUAAUUGUUUACAUAUCCAUCGAAAGCAUUUCACCAGCUUAUAAAACGUACAAAGAUCCAAAGAUCAUAUAUACAUUUCUUCUGAAUUACCUGUAAUAUUAUUAUCUGUUUUCCACCGAGUUCUUUGUUUGUUUGAGAUUUGAACAACAAUGGCGACAAGGCAAGAGAAGGAGCAAAGGGCCGAGGCGGCAGCAAGACAAGCAGCGGACGAACUCAGGGAUGUUAAUAGAGAAAGAGAUUAUGAAGAAAGAGGUGCUUAUAGGGAGGAAUGGGAUCAAUCACCGCCGCAACAGCAACAGAGGCCCGGAGUUAUUGGGAGCAUGUUGAGGGCGGUGCAAGAUACGUUCGGGCAUGCCAAAGGGGCCGUCGUAGGUAAUAAGGGCCACGAGGCGGAGGAUUUCACUGGUCGAGGUACAGAGAAGACAUGGGAGAUGAAAGAUAAAGCUGGUGAGUACAAAGACUAUGCAACUGACAAGACAAAGGACGCUACAAGGAGGGCGAAAGAGGCAACGGAUGCUACCAAGGAAAAGGCUUGUGAGUAUACAGAUUAUGCUGCUCACAAGGCAAAGGAAACCAGAGACUCCACCGCCCAGAAGGCCAAAGAAUCAAAGGAUUCAGUAACAGGUAAAGCUUCCGAGUAUGGAGAUUAUGUUGCCCAGAAGGCGAAGGAAUCCAAGGAUGCGGUGACCGGUAAGGCGGCUGAUUAUGCAGAUUAUGCUUCUCAGAAAGCCAAGGAAACUAGGGACUCGGCUUCGCAGAAGGCGAAAGAAGCCAAGGAUAAUAUCACAGGGAAGGCUUCUGAGUAUAAAGACUAUGCAGCUGAGAAAGCCAAGGAAGCAAAGGACAUGACAGCCGAAAAGGCGAAGGAAGCGGCGGGGAAGGCAAGAGAGCGGACGGAAUAUGCGGCAGAGAAGGCUAAAGAAGGAAGAGAUGCUACAGUGGAGAAGACGAAGGAAUACUCAGAUUAUACUGUGGAUAAAGCAAAGGAAGGCAAGGAUACCGGUGUUAGUAAGCUUGGGGAGUUGAAAGACUCAGCUGCUGAUGCUGCUAGGAAGACCAUGGGCUUCCUCACUGGAAAAACUGAAGAAACGAAGCACACGGCAUCCGAAACUGCAGAUAGCACCAAGGAAAAGUUGAGCGAAACAACGGAGUCAGCUAGACAGAAAAUGGAAGAGAUGAAGCUGAAAGGUGAUGAUGGUGGUCGUGGGGUUUCAGAGAGGGUGGUGGUGAAAGUUGAAGAUACACGACCAGGAGCUUUUGCUUCUACACUGAAAGCAUCUGAUCAGAUGAGUGGCCAAACUUUCAACGAUGUGGGGCGUGUGAAUGAUGAAGGCGUUUAUGAUCGAUCGGACAAAACCAAUCUGUGAUCUUUAAAGUACUGCACAUUCCCUUGGUGUGUGUGAGAGUAUGUACAUAUAUAUGCAGGGUGGGUGGACUAUUGUGGUGUUUUUGUUUCCACGGUUUUGCUUCUGCUUUUGUAUUUGUUCCGCUAUGGAGUGCUUUUUUUCUCGUUUGAUCAGGAAUACCUGGAAAUGAUGUAUAAAUAAAAGCCACCCAAAAAUUAAUAGAGCGAAUAUGGGUUAUAGUUACAUGAUAACCAGAUCUCUUCUUCAUUUUAAUGCAGAAGCCGAUUUCAACUUCAUGGACUUGAUUGCGUAUAAGGAGUUAUAUGUUUUCCUUUAAAGAUUCCGGUAGAUGUUGGGCCUCUAAUGAAGUUAAGACACCAAUUGGCUUUCCCCGUUGAAGCCUAUACAUUAUAUUUUCUGUUCUUUUCUUUUUUAUCUGAUUUUUUGGAAUUCCUUUUAGAUCAAAUCCGGUGAGAUGAUGGAGCAUAUUGGAAUAUUUGCACAUCACAAAACAACUGAACUCAAUAAGAAUUUAGUUAAGGGCCUUAAAUUUGAAAAUAGAUUAUAUGCAGAAUCGUUAAAAUGAAGAAACAGGCCCCAAGUAGUCGGCGGUGGUGAAGGCAGUGUUUGGGAUCAUCUUUAAAUGCGUAUAUGUUCUUGUCUACUUGUAACUUAGGCCGUGAGGUAUCGUAUACUUGUAAACCAAGUUAAAUACUUGUAUUUGUAGGCAAUGGGAUAUAAUGUAAAUGUAAACGAGUUCAAA